AUGCAGGCCAAGAUGUGGAAUUUAAUGACAACAGUCAAACCCCAAUGCAUAAAACGUGCCAUAAAUGAAACAUUAACAGCAUUACAACAUAGAUAUGCAAGUACAAUUGAUGCUGAUGUUGUUGUCAUUGGAGCUGGACCUGGUGGUUAUGUUGCUGCAAUUAAAGCUGCACAACUUGGUAUGAAAACAGUUUGUGUUGAAAAAAACCCAACACUUGGUGGUACAUGUUUAAAUGUUGGCUGUAUAUCAUCAAAAUCACUUCUCAAUAAUUCUCAUUAUUAUCACUUGGCACACAGUGGUAAUUUAGCAAAACGAGGUGUUAUUGUUGGAGAUGUUAAAUUGGACUUGGAUAAAUUUCUUGAGCAAAAAGACAGUGUUAUCAAAGCAUUAACUGGUGAAAUUGCUGGUUUAUUUAAAAAAAAUAAAGUUGAAUGGGUCAAGGGACAUGGAAAAAUAACUGGUAAAAAUGAAGUUAGUGCUUUGGGAGCUGAUGGAUCAGUUGAAACAACAAUAAAUGCUAAAAAUAUAUUAAUUGCAACUGGUAGUGAAGUAACACCUUUUGGUGGUAUUGAAAUUGAUGAAAAAACAAUUGUAUCAUCAACUGGAGCAUUAUCAUUAAAUCCAGUACCAAAAAGAAUGAUUGUCAUUGGUGCUGGUGUAAUUGGUCUUGAACUUGGUUCUGUAUGGCAAAGACUUGGAUCUGAGGUAACUGCUGUUGAAUUUAUGUCAUCAAUUGGAGGUGCUGGUAUUGAUGGUGAAGUUAGUAAAACAAUGCAAAAAAUUAUGUCAACACAAGGACUUAAUUUUAAACUUGACACAAAAGUAACUGGUGCAAUUAAAACAAGUUCUGGUGUAAGUGUAACAGUUGAAGAUGCUAAAGAUCCAAAUAAAAAAGACACACUUGAAUGUGAUGUAUUAUUAGUAUGUGUUGGUAGAAGACCAUAUACUAAUAAUUUAGGUCUUGAAAAUCUUGGAAUUAAAAAAGAUGAAAAAGGAAGAAUUCCAGUAAACAAUAGAUUCCAAACAGUUGUACCAAAUAUAUUUGCAAUUGGUGAUUGUAUUCAUGGACCCAUGUUAGCUCAUAAAGCUGAAGCUGAAGGUAUUAUAACUGUUGAAGGUAUUGCUGGUGGUGCUGUAAAUAUGGAUUAUAAUUGUGUACCAAGUGUUGUUUAUACACAUCCUGAAGUUGGCUGGGUUGGUAAAACUGAAGAAGAUUUAAAAAAAGAAGGAAUUGAAUAUAAAAUUGGUAAAUUUCCAUUUUUGGCUAAUUCAAGAGCUAAAACAAAUUUAGAAACUGAAAAUUUUUAUAAAGUAUUGGCUUGUAAAAAUACUGAUAAAAUUCUUGGUGUUCAUAUGAUUGGACCAAAUGCUGGUGAACUUAUUAAUGAAGCUGUACUUGCUAUGGAAUAUAGUGCAACUGCUGAAGAUUUUGCACGUGUUUGUCGUGUACAUCAGACAUGCUCCAAAGCACUCAGAGAAGCACCGGGUGGGCAAUCACGAAAUUCUAAAGACCAAGAUGACAAGUCAUCAAAUGGAAAAUCACAAGGUGCAGAUGAUGAAGAAGAAGCCAAGAAGAAAAAAUAUGAUGAAAUAUGGAAAUCAGUAUUCAGAUGGGGCACAGUUGGGGGAGGAUUUUUGACACUGGCUCAUUUUGUGCAAAGCCAUAUAUCAUUCAGAACGAAGUUUGAAAUGGAAGUAAAUGCACUAGGUCUAUCUCUUGCAGAUUAUCAAAAAAAGCUUGAAAUGGCAGACUAUCAACUUAAGAUUUUAAAAGUUCAAGUUGAAAUGUCAAGCUUACAACCCAAGUUUUUAGAAUUGCAAAUAAAGGAUUUAGAAGUUGGUAUCACAUUAAAGGAACUACAAAUAAAACAACUUACAGAUAAGUAA